CUGUGUGUGGUGGCGCCGGCCUGUCCCAUUCUACGCGGGGACCUUGAACGCAGCACGCCCCGUGACGUCACGGGCGGAAGAGCAGUCAUGGCGUCCGGACAGCAGUGGGUGUUGGUGGAAAUGGUGCAGGCGUUUUAUGAGGCCCCUGCGUACCACCUGAUUCUGGAGGGGAUCCUGAUCCUGUGGAUCAUCAGGCUGCUGUUCUCCAAGACCUACAAACUUCACGAGACCUACAAGCUAACAGAGAAGGAAAAGGAGGACCUGAUUGAGGAAUGGCAGCCGGAGCCUCUCGUCCCGGCGGUGUCCAGGGACCACCCCUCCCUCAACUACGAUGUGGUCACAGGACCUCCCAGCCACAAAAUCAUAAUCAAUGGAAAGGAGUGCAUUAACUUUGCCUCCUUUAACUUCCUGGGUCUCCUGGACAACGAGCGUGUCAAGCAAAAAGCUUUGGCGUCCCUGAAAAAAUACGGUGUUGGAACCUGUGGUCCUCGAGGCUUCUACGGGACCUUUGAUGUGCACCUGGAGCUGGAGAGCCGUCUGGCCAACUUCAUGAAGACAGAGGAGGCCAUCAUCUACUCCUAUGGCUUUGCCACCAUCGCCAGUGCCAUCCCCGCCUACUCCAAGAGGGGGGACAUCAUCUUUGUGGACGAGGCGGCCUGCUUCUCGGUGCAGAAGGGCCUGCAGGCCUCCCGCAGCUUCAUCAAGUACUUCAAGCACAACGACAUGGAGGACCUGGAGAGGCUGCUGAAGGAGCAGGAGCUGGAGGACCAGAAGAACCCCCGUAAAGCCCGGGUCACUCGGAAGUUCAUCGUGGUGGAGGGGCUGUACAUCAACACCGCAGACGUCUGCCCCCUCCCGGAGCUGGUGAAACUCAAGUACAAGUACAAGGUGCGGAUCUUCCUGGAGGAGAGCAUGUCGUUUGGAGUGUUGGGAGAACACGGCAAAGGAGUGACGGAGCACUUUGGGGUCAACAUAGACGACAUCGACCUGAUCAGUGCCAACAUGGAGAACGCCGUGGCGUCCAUCGGAGGCUUCUGCUGCGGCCGCUCCUUCGUCAUCGACCACCAGGUGAGAGCCACAGGUGGACCACCAGGGUACAUGGAGGAGCCCCGUUCUGCUGCCAUCCUGAUCUGGUGCUCCCCCGGGGCCCUACAGCAGGACCAGCCUGGUCCAGGGGGACCAGCUUGGUUGGGGGGGACCAGCCUGGUCCAGGGGGACCAGCUUGGUUGGGGGGGGACCAGCCUGGUCCAGCAGGACUACAGCAAAGCGGAUGGGGGCUGCUAUUAA